AUGGCAUCAAAUGAAACAAUAUAUAAUAAUGAAAAUAUUUUUAAUCCAUUUUUAAGAAUUAUAAUGGUAGUUAGUCUUGCUUGUAUUUGUAUUUUGGGUGUUAUUGGUAACUUAACUGUUAUUAUUGUUGCCCUACGAAAACAAAAUUAUAAAUGUGUUACGAAUUGUUACAUAAUUAAUCUAGCUAUAACUGAUCUCUUAUUUUUACUGAUUUCUGUUCCACUUACAACUUAUUUGGGUUUAACAAAUAAAUGGAUUCUCAAUAGUUUAGUUAGUUGUCGAGUUCAUUUUUAUCUUGCUCAUGUCCUUCUUCAAACAACAUGUUAUACAUUAGCUACAAUGAGUAUCGAUCGGUAUCUUUAUGUAACCAGUCCUCAUCCACAUCCUCGUUGGCGAACACCAUUAAAUGCUUGUAUUAUUUGUAUUCUUAUUUGGACUGUAUCGAUUGCUUUUGUUUUUCCUUAUACUUCUCUUUCAUCAUCAUCAUCAUCUUCAUCAUCAUCAGAUAGAGAAAAAAUUCCUUUAAACGAUUGUUCAGUAUCAUCUUAUCAUCCAUUAUUUGCUUCAUGUUUUUUUCCAUUCUGUGCUUAUUAUGUAUUACCACUCGCAAUUAUUGCUCUUUCUCAUACAAAAUUAUUUUUUCAUAUGCGAAAAAGUUCAAAGAAAAUUAGUCGUUAUCAAGGUAGUUUAAUAAGUCGUGCAUGUAUUCAAUUACAACGACGUCAUAUAACUCGAACAUUAUUUUCCUUAACAUGUGCAUUUGCCAUUUGUUGGAUUCCAAUUCAUACAUUGGAAUUACUCAAUUGUCGACAAAUGUUAGACGAAUUUUAUAAUAAUCAUACUUCAUUACUUGAUACCAUAAGAGUUAUCGCACAUGCUUUAUCAUAUUUUAAUUCAUGCCUUAAUCCAUUUUUAUAUGCAUUUUUCAAUCCAGAAUUUUUCAUGUAA